GACCUCGUGAGCGUCGCUUCUAUUUCAACACAACUCUCACCGUGUGUGUGCGUGUGCGUGUGCGUCAAUGAGUCUGAACACGUGAGCAGUGUUGAAUCCACUUCCGGGUUCAUGGUGUGCUCUGGCUUAAGUCACGCGCUCUCUCUGAAUGAGCCGGUCCGAACGAGCCUCCGCUUCCGGUACUUUUCGUCGUUAUUUGACUUUUUACUUCCGGAAGCUGUUGAGUUUUGUCCCAAUGCGGCGACUUCUAACGAGACUCGUGAACCGGGUUCUGCUGGGGGUCCCGUUGAGUCCUGCGACGGCCAUCGAGACCCGGAUACACACGAAAGGCCGACGGAGGCUGGUGGUGGGGCUGGGCAACCCGGGGAUGGAGGGUACCAGACACAGCGUCGGCAUGGCGGUGCUCGGCGCGCUCGCCGCUCGCCUCGGCGUGGCCGACCGUUGGCGCGGCGACAAGCACGUGUCCGGUGAGGUCAUCGUGUCGGAGGUGGACCGGACGCACGUGGUGCUGCUCCGCCCCCGGCUGCUCAUGAACAUCAACGGCGUGUCGGUGGCCAAGGCGGCCGUUAAAUUCGGCAUCAAGCCCGAAGACGUCCUGCUGGUCCACGACGAGCUGGACAAGCCUCUGGGCAAAGUCGUCCUCAAACACGGAGGAAGUGCCAGAGGUCACAAUGGAGUGCGCUCCUGUGUCGACUGCCUCCACACGGAUGUGAUGCCCCGUCUCCGGGUGGGGAUCGGCCGCCCGGUGGGCAGGGCCCCCGUGGAGGUCCACGUACUGGGCCGCUUCUCGUCCUCCGAGCAGAAGGUUCUGGAGCGGGUUCUGGUCCAGAGCGUGGACCUCCUCCUCUCCCAGCUCUCCCAGGAGGACUCCCCCUCCCCACCAGCAGGGGGCGCCGGGCAGCAGACGUGACGAUGAUGGAUCAGCAGGAACCUGCGCCAGUUAUUCAUAUUAUUCAGUUUAUUUUGUAUAGCCCAAUAUCACAAAUUGUAUUAUUUAUGACGUUUCCUGAUGACGGGACGUUAACCCUCUGAUUGCCAUGCCGAUGCACAUUUUAUAUAUUUAUUCUGAUUUAAUAAUAAAUGUAAAGGACUGAAGUCUUGCUUGAGGUAAAUGUGUCAUUUCCAUGUAUUAUAUUUAUGAAUGCCAUUUAUUAAAACGUAUGAUACCUUACUAGAAAGUUGUUAUAUAUAUUAUAUUUAUAUGUAUACUUUUCAAAAUAAACCUCCAUCUUCACAGGAAA